AUGGCACAAACACCCCAACAACGAAGAGCGAACGAUCGAUUCGCGAAAAAUGAGGCGGCCAAGCGAGGAAAAGCACCAGCCGCGGCCAAACCCAAGAAGAAUGUCAAGUCUCCAGUCUCCACCAGCUGGGUCGUCAUCCUGGCUUUUGUGGUCUGUGGCGGUCUCUUGCUGGAGCUCAUGAGAAUUGUCCCGGAGCUUUGGUCUACCAUGGCCUCGUUUCUCUCUCGGCUUACGGGAUAG